AUGAAUCUCUUCGCGAAAAUGUGCCCUUCCAAAUCCGAUGGAGACCUUGUGGAGGUUUCUCAUCAAAAGAGCGGAGACGACAAAGCUAAGCGACGCGGUCAAAAGAAGAUGUCCAGCAGCGAUCGUGCCAGGUCUUCCGAACGCACCAGCAACAGGUCAAGCACCAAGUGUAGCCACCGAAGUUCCAGCAGGAAACACGCAAACUUUGUGCCAGGAAUCGAGCUUGAGGAUAACUUCGAUAUGGUACUCCAGAUUCAAAAAAUCGAGGCGAAGCGAAAGAGACUCAAGAAGGAAGAGAAGGAACGCAAGAAGGCCGAGCUACAAAGGAGCCAAUCCAAAUCUACUAGGGCACAAUAG